AACAUUCAGCAAACCUCAACACGGCAAUAAGCAAUAAAGAUGCCAACCAAUGCUCCCAAUAUGAGAAUCAUGCCGGCAACCGGCAGACCUGAGAAUAUCCCCGACUACGAGCCCAACAUCCCUGAGCCUAAAUGCAGAGCUGAUCUCCUGAAACACUGGAUCAACCUUUCCCUGGAUGACAAGACAGCCAAUAAGAUGCUGUGGAUCACAGAGGAUGGAUCCAAGGUGUCACGCAUGACUGAUGAUGUCACUUGUCCCGUCCUGGACAGACCAGAGAGAUAUGAGCAUACACCCCAGGUUCUUUGCAAAGAAGGCAUCUUGGGCUUCCGAGCUUACUGGGAGGUGAAAUAUUCAGGAUGGGUGGUCGCCGGAGUCGCCUAUGAAGGGGCAGGGAGGAGGGGAAGCGACGGACAAUGCGGGCUGGGAGAGAAUGAACACUCCUGGGGUCUUGGGUGGGGUGGAUCCCAAUACCAGGUGUGGUUCAAUGGCAUAAACACAGAAAUCAGGGAUAUCCCCCAGUGCUUCACCAUUGGGAUAUACCUUGACCAUCCAGCUAGUGUCAUCAUUUUUAUGCAGUUGAAGAAGUGAAGGAGGGAGAGGGGAGCGAAGC